AUGGGCAAGGUGAAGACCCCCAAGCGCGCAGGCGCUUCGUCUUCGCCCUACGACCGCAACUCCUCGAGCGCAUCCAAGGCCGCAGCCGCAGCGGCGGCCAAGAACAAUGUCUUCAAGUUCAACACAAAUGUCGGACAACAUAUCCUAAAGAAUCCUGGUAUCGCAGAUGCCAUUGUGCAAAAAGCAGACCUUAAACCCACCGAUACUGUCCUCGAAGUCGGUCCAGGUACCGGGAACAUCAGCGUCCGAAUCCUCGAGAAGGCCCGCCGCCUGAUUGCCGUCGAACUCGAUCCUCGAAUGGCGGCAGAACUGAGCAAGCGAGUACAAGGAACACCGGCGCAGAAAAAAUUGGACGUACUACUGGGCGACGCCAUCAAGCUGGACUUUCCCCAGUUUGACGUCUGCAUCAGCAAUACCCCUUACCAGAUUUCCAGCCCCUUGGUGUUCAAGUUGCUGUCUAUGCCGAAUCCUCCGAGGACGUCGAUACUCAUGUUUCAGAGAGAGUUUGCCAUGCGCCUGACGGCUCGACCGGGAGAUCCAUUGUACUGCCGUUUAUCCCAUGUCCUCAAAGUCGGCAAGAACAACUUCAAGCCUCCACCGCAAGUCGAGUCCUCAGUCGUGCGCAUCGAGCCCAAGACCGGCAAGGACCGCCCCAACGUCAGCUUCGACGAGUGGGACGGCCUGCUGCGCAUCGCCUUCGGCCGCAAGAACCGCACCAUGCGCGCCUCCUUCCUCGGCACCAAGGAGGUGCUGGCCAUGCUCGAGCGCAACUACCGCACCUACUGCGCCAUGAACAACAUCCCCGUCGACGACACCCUCGUGGACAACGACGGCGCCGCAGCAGCCGAUGACAUGGACGUCGAUGGGGCUCCGACCGCGAAUGGCAAGGCGGACGAUGACGAGUGGGGCGGCAUCAUGGACGUGGACGACGAGGACGCUGGAGGCCAGAAUGACGACGACGACACCGACACGCCCGAGUUCUUCAAGGAGCAGGCGGCCGCGGCGCGGGCGAGCCAGCCGGCCAAGACGCCGAGCAAGCGCAAGAAGACGCGCACGGCGGAGCUAGUGCGCAGCAAGAUCCUGCGCGUGCUCGAGGGCGCCGACAUGACGGACAAGCGGGCGUCGAAGCUCGAGGAGAACGACUUCCUGCGCCUGCUGUACGAGUUCAACAGGGAGAAUAUACACUUUGCAUAA